GUUGGGGACGACCUCGAUACCGAGAAAGGAAAGAGAGGGGCAGGUGAGUACUUCUCUCACAGUCGCACAGAGAGCUUCCGGUCAAACCUUUGAGCAAAGAUGGGAUCCAUUGCGAAGAAGGGACUAAACAAUUACGUUGGACAGCUCCGGCAACAUCCUCUCAGAACCAAGGUAAUCACAGCGGGAGUGUUGUCUGGGAUCAGCGAUAUAGUCUCUCAGAAGCUAACGGGCAUACAAAAAAUUCAACUGAGACGACUUCUUCUCAAAGUGAUAUUUGGAGCUGCUUAUCUUGGACCACUUGGUCAUUUUUAUCAUUUGGUACUUGAUAAAAUUUUCAGAGGGAAGAAAGAUUCAAAAACUGUAGCCAAAAAGGUUUUGAUCGAACAGUUGACUGUUUCUCCUUGGAACAACUUGCUUUUCAUGAUUUAUUAUGGUUAUAUUGUGGAAGGACGUCCGUGGAUGCAUGUGAAAGCUAAAGUUAGGAAGGACUACCCAUCGGUGCAAUACACAGCGUGGACGUUCUGGCCUGUUGUGGGGUGGAUAAAUCACCAAUUCUUGCCUCUCCAUUUCCGAGUUAUUUUCCAAAGCUCAGUUGCAUUCUGCUGGGGAAUAUUCUUAAAUCUUAGAGCACGAUCUCUGGUGCUGACCAAGGCCUGAUGUAAAUGAGAAUACAGCGCAAAAGUGUUUAAUUUGAUCAGGCUUUACUGUUUCAUUUUAAAAUCAC